AUGGCCAUGUCUCUGAGAGACGUAAGCAGCAAACAGCAUGGUCCUCUGAUGGAGAGACAGGCAAAUGGAAGGAAGCAAUCAGGGACUGCGGGCCACAACUACUGGUGCAUUAGUCCUCGGGAGCAGGUAGAGUGUGAAAAAUGCAGCCUAGUCAUAGCCUGGCACGAUGAGUGGACACAGGUGUCUGGGGAUGCCUGUGUGCGUGGGACAGGAAUCCAGGGAGAGGAAGAAAACAGUGGGCAGCAGUGGCACUGUGCUGAAUCGUCGUCACACUCGUCACACUCGCGCUUCCUGGAGCCGGCUGGAUGUCCCUUCACCCAGGACUCUGCAGCGGGAGGGGGGCCUUCAGGUCACGUCAGCGUGAACCUGCAUUUGCUUGUGAAGCCUGAGGUCCGCGGGAUUCGGGGCAAUGGUCCAGGCAGCCCGCGUCCCCCGUCUGCAUCUGUGCGGAACGCGGAGCCCGCGCGGGAAGCGAAGGCGAGCAGGCCCCGCGGCCCUUUCCCGGGUUCCCGGCGGGAGCGUCAGCUGCGAGCGGAUCUCGCUUCCCCUCAGCCCUGCCUGCCAAUGUUUCCUUGGAAGAACAUUCUCCAGGGGAGAGGGAAGCGGGUCACCACACAGACUUACCCGGGGGCGCGUGCUGCUGGAGUGUGGGCUGAAUGUAUGUCCCCCCGACCUGAAGGGCCUGACAGGCCGGGAGGGGCGCGGGGGGGAGGGCGGCGGAGACGCGCGUGCAGCGCCGGCGGGAGCCGGCGACGCCCGUCCGUCAGGGGACGCGGGGCUCGUCCGCCCGCGAGGCGGCCGCGCCGCGGGUCUAACGCCGCCGCUCUGCCUCCGCCGGGUUUCAGGCCUGCGGCUUCGUACCCGGGUCUCACCCGGCGGCUGCUCACGCCCCCCUCGGUUCCCGCCGUGCCCUCGGCGGCCACACGCGCCUGCGGAAAGUCGCCUCGUACGGCCGGGCCUUCGAGAGCAGGUGCUGGUGGAGCCGCACCCCGCUCUGCGGGGACGCGGUUAGGGGCUCCCCCGCUGGAACUAACGCCGAAGGCGCAGCGGGUCGGGGCUCCCACCCAGCGGGGACCGGGCGUCGCGAGCGUCCCGAGCUCGCCCGGCGGCGCUGCCCUGGGGGCCCCCACGCGCCGGGCCGGGCCGCGCCCGCGGCCUUCCCGCCUCCCGGGACGUCGCGGGGCCGGGCGAGCCGCGCCGCGGCAGGUGCGGGGGCGGGGCGGGCGGCAUUUAAGGCGGGCACCGCCUCCCCGCCGCAGCGGCUGGCGCCCGGCCGCGGGAAGAGCGCCCCGGGACCGCGCCGCCGCCGCCGAGCCCGACGGGACCCCCGCUGGGCGCGCGCCGCCGCCGGAGCCCGGACCCCCGCCCUGCGCGCGCCGUCCGACGGGACCCCCGCCCGCCCGCAGGCGGCGCCACCGGCCGCGCCAUGGGCAAGGUGCGUGCGGCCCCCGCGCCCGCCCGGGACCGCUGCCGACCCGUGGAAGGCGACGGAAAGGGCGGGCGGGGGCUCUGGGCUGUAUUAGCCUCCCUUCCGGCCUCGCCCCUCCCGGGCUGGCCGCGAGGAAGACCCACAUCCAGACGCUCGGGGGAGGCCGGUUCCGAUCCGGAAGGUGGCGCGGGCCGGGCGUCCAGCCUGCCCUGCCCGGGACCGCGGUCCGUGAGUGCGGUGGCCACGCCGCUCCCAGGAAACGGGACAGGCGGCCGAAAACGCUAGAAAUUUACUCUGUGGAGCUCAGUGGAACGAAAGACAUUGCCCAAACAGACAAGGCGGAUGGCAAGGAGAAGUACAGAGGCCUGAAGAACCGCUUCGAACCCAGAAAGAAUCACCAGAAAGAGGAGCUUAAGAAAGAACUGGAUCUGGAUGACCACAAACUCAGCAUUAAGGAGCUGGAAGAGAAAUAUAGUACAAACAUCAUAACAGGUCUUUCCAGCACCCAGGCUGCUGCGCUCCUGGCUCAGAAUGGUCCCAAUGCCCUCACCCCUCCCAAAGAAACACCGGAGAUCAUCAAGUUUCUCAAGCAGAUGGUGGGGGGGUUCUCCAUCCUUCUGUGGGUAGGAGCCAUCCUGUGCUGGAUUGCAUAUGGGAUCCAGUACUCCAUGAAUAAGUCCUCAUCCCUAGACAAUGUGUACUUGGGCUGCGUGCUUGCCUUGGUUGUUAUUUUAACGGGGGUCUUCGCUUACUACCAAGAGGCAAAGAGCACCAACAUCAUGGCCACCUUCAACAAGAUGAUCCCGCAGCAAGCUCUUGUCAUUCGAGAUUCAGAGAAGAAGACAGUCCCUGCAGAGCAACUAGUGGUGGGGGACAUAGUGGAGAUUAAGGGAGGAGACCGGAUCCCUGCAGACAUCAGGUUGUUGUCUGUUCAGGGCUGUAAGGUAGAUAAUUCAUCUCUCACUGGGGAAUCUGAGCCCCAGGCCCGCUCCUCCGAGUUUACCCAUGACAACGCCCUGGAAACAAAGAACAUCGGCUUCUAUUCUACAACCUGCCUGGAGGGCACAGCGAGUGGCAUGGUCAUCAACACGGGCGACCGCACCGUCAUUGGUCAGAUUGCCUCACUGGCUUCAGGAGUUGGAAAUGAGAAGACACCCAUUGCCAUUGAGAUCGAGCACUUUGUUCAUAUUGUGGGAGGAGUGGCCAUCUCCAUUGGCAUCCUUUUCUUCAUCAUCGCAGUGUCCCUGAAGUAUCACGUCCUGGACUCCAUCAUCUUCCUCAUUGGCAUCAUUGUGGCCAAUGUGCCCGAGGGUCUCCUGGCCACUGUCACUGUGACUCUGUCACUGACAGCUAAACGGAUGGCCAAGAAGAACUGCCUGGUGAAGAACCUGGAGGCAGUGGAGACCCUUGGCUCCACCUCUAUCAUUUGCUCAGACAAGACUGGGACUCUGACCCAGAACAGGAUGACCGUGGCCCAUCUGUGGUUCGACAAUCAGAUCUUCAUAGCUGACACCAGUGAAGACCAUUCAAACCAAGUCUUUGAUCAAAGCUCUGGAACCUGGGCCUCCUUAUCAAAGAUAAUAACAUUGUGUAACAGAGCUGAGUUCAGACCGGGACAGGAAAAUGUUCCCAUCAUGAAGAGAGUUGUUGUUGGAGAUGCCUCAGAAACUGCUCUUUUGAAGUUCUCAGAGGUCAUUUUGGGUGAUGUGAUGGAAAUUAGAAAAAGAAACCACAAAGUAGCUGAAAUCCCUUUUAACUCAACCAACAAAUUUCAGCUCUCCAUACACAAGACAGAUGACCCCAAUGACAAGCGCUUCCUCAUGGUGAUGAAAGGAGCCCCUGAGAGGAUCUUAGAGAAGUGCAGCACCAUCGUGGUCAAUGGCCAGGAGCAGCCUCUGGACGAGAGCACAGCUGAGGCCUUCCACACCGCGUACAUGGAGCUGGGAGGUCUGGGGGAGCGUGUGCUAGGUUUCUGUCAUCUCUAUCUGCCAGCAGACGAGUUUCCAGAAUCUUAUUCAUUUGAUGUGGACGCCAUGAACUUUCCCACGUCCAACUUGUGCUUUGUGGGGCUCUUAUCAAUGAUUGAUCCCCCCCGGUCCACUGUCCCUGAUGCAGUCACCAAAUGCCGGAGUGCAGGGAUCAAGGUUAUUAUGGUUACAGGUGAUCAUCCAAUCACAGCCAAAGCUAUUGCCAAAAGUGUGGGUAUUAUUUCAGCCAACAGUGAGACAGUGGAAGAUAUUGCAAAACGCCUCCACAUUGCUGUGGAGCAAGUUAACAAACGGGAGGCUAAAGCUGCGGUGGUGACUGGCACAGAGCUGAAGGACAUGAGCCCAGAACAGCUGGACGAGCUCUUAACCAACUACUCAGAGAUUGUCUUUGCGCGGACGUCCCCCCAGCAGAAGCUGAUCAUCGUAGAGGGCUGUCAAAGGCAGAAUGCGGUUGUUGCUGUGACAGGGGAUGGAGUUAAUGACUCUCCGGCUCUAAAGAAGGCAGAUAUUGGGAUUGCCAUGGGGAUAGCAGGUUCCGAUGCAGCCAAAAAUGCAGCUGACAUGGUCUUGUUGGAUGACAACUUUGCAUCCAUAGUCACAGGAGUGGAGGAAGGUCGCCUGAUCUUCGACAACCUAAAGAAGACUAUCGCAUAUACCCUGACCAAGAACAUUGCUGAGCUGUGCCCGUUUCUGAUUUACAUCAUUGUGGGGCUCCCCCUGCCCAUUGGCACCAUUACUAUCUUGUUCAUCGACUUGGGCACAGACAUAAUUCCCUCUAUUGCCCUGGCUUAUGAGAAAGCUGAAAGUGACAUCAUGAACAGGAAGCCUCGCCACAAGAAGAAGGACAGGCUGGUGAACCAGCAACUUGCCAUAUACUCUUACUUGCACAUCGGCCUCAUGCAAGCCGUGGGAGCUUUUGUUGUGUAUCUCACUGUGUAUGCGCAGGAGGGCUUCACACCCAGCAUUCUCACUAACCUCCGGGUGGCAUGGGAAAAUGGCAACGUGAACGACUUAGAAGACAGCUAUGGGCAGCAAUGGACAUGGUACCAGAGGAAAUACUUAGAAUGGACGGGCUACACAGCUUUCUUUGUCGGCAUCAUGGUCCAGCAGAUAGCGGAUCUGCUCAUCAGGAAAACCAGGAGGAAUUCCAUCUUCCGGCAGGGUCUCUUCAGAAAUAAAGUCAUCUGGCUGGGGAUUGCCUCACAGAUUAUCAUUGCUUUAAUCCUCUCCUAUGGGCUUGGAAGUGUCACAGCCCUGAAUUUCACGAUGCUCCGGCCUCAGUACUGGUUUGUGGCUGUGCCAUAUGCCAUUCUGAUUUGGGUGUAUGAUGAGGUGCGAAAACUUUUCAUCAGACUCUACCCUGGGAGCUGGUGGGACAAGAACAUGUAUUAUUAAGGCCACCUUACUUCCCAGGAUUCCCAGCUGCACACUG